AGCUAUUUCAGCAGCCGGUAAUAUAAUAGUUGCCAUUUACUGGGCCUGCUGAGAAGUUGUAUUUUUACUUUUGUGCAUGAAGGCUGGAUACUGUGCGGUACUUAACUAAAGGUAACUUGUAGUGCAAAGGCACAGUGCUACAUGGAAACUAUAGAAAGCAUUGCGGCAAAUACUGCUCUUGUUAGAGCCAGAGAAGGUGGAGGAAGGAGCUGGAAAUGGAAAGAAAUGCUUCGCUUUCCCCACAUUAGCCAGUGCAAAGACCUGGCCAUGAACAUAGAACGAGACUACUAUAGUCUAUGUGUGAAGCAGCCUAUUGGCAAGAAACUGUUUCAGCUCUUCUGUCGGAGUCGGCCUGAUCUGCAGAACUACAUUUCCCUCCAAGAUGCUUUGGACAACUUUGACAUUCAGUCAGAUGACAAAAGGAAAGAGUCUGGGAACAGGAUCAUCCAGAGAUUCCUCAUGAAGCAGUCCAGUGAGUGUGUGUCCAUCCUACUGAGGCAUGAAAGAAGCUGCAAUCAGAGUCUGGAGCUCAAUCCCUGUGGUGAUGUCUUUCAUGGCUGCAGGGAAGACCUACAUAAAUACCUCAGCAACGAGCCCUUCACCCAGUACCAGGACAGCAUGUUCUUUGCCCGCUUUCUACAAUGGAAACAGUUGGAGAGGCAGCCUAUCAUGAAGCAAACAUUUCGACAGUACAGACUACUGGGGAAAGGAGGGUUUGGAGCGGUGUGGGCCUGUCAGGUGAGAGCCACAGGCAAGAUGUAUGCCUGCAAAAAGCUGGAAAAAACCCAUGUAAAGAAGAGGAAAAGAGAGGACAUGGCUCUCAAUGAGAAAGAGAUACUACAGGAACUGGAUAGUCGCUUUGUGGUGAAUCUGGCAUAUGCUUAUGAGACCAAGCACAAUCUCUGUAUGGUUUUGACCAUGAUGAACGGCGGUGACCUAGGGUUUCACAUACAUCGCAUGGGGUCACCUGGUCUGACCAAAGACAGGGUACGUUUCUACGCUGCAGAAGUCUGCUGUGGUUUAAUUCACCUCCACCAAAAGUCAAUAUUAUACAGAGAUUUGAAGCCAGAGAACAUUCUCUUGGAUGACAAUGGACACAUCCGCAUCUCUGACCUGGGUUUGGCUGUGAAGAUGUCUGAGGGGAGUCUAGUACGAGGCAGGGUGGGCACACUGGGCUAUAUGGCUCCUGAGGUGAUCGGCUAUGAGCGUUAUGGAAUGAGUGUGGACUGGUGGGGCCUCGGGUGUCUGAUUUAUGAAAUGACUGCAGGUCGGCCCCCUUUCAGGGCCAAAGGAGAACAGCCUAAAUCCUCAGAAAUGGAGAGAAGGAUUCAGAAUGAACAUGAAGAAUAUGGCAACCAGUUCAGCAAGGAGACAAAAGACAUCUGCUCCUCACUGCUGACCAAGGACCCCACAAAGAGGCUGGGCUCCCAGAAGUCUGGGGGAAAAGAUGUAAAAUUUCAUCCUUUCUUCCAAGAGAUCAACUUUCGGAUGCUGGAGGCAGGACGCGUUGACCCUCCAUUUAAACCUGAUCCCAGUCAGGUGUACUGCACUGAUGUACAGGACAUAGAAGAAUUUUCCACAGUGAAAGGAGUCCAUUUUGACCAGACUGACAGCUUCUUCUACUCCCAGUUCAACACAGGAAGCAAUUCCAUAAUUUGGCAAAAUGAGCUAAUAGAAACGGGAUGUUUUGAAGAACUGAAUGUUUUUGGCCCUAAGGGAUCUGCAUCUCCAGAUCUCGACUGGUCCCAGGCCCCAGAGAGCCCCAAACGCAGCCUGCUGCGCCGAAUCUUUCGCAAAAACCAUCAUUCAGAUUCUGACGGAAGCAGAGAGAACCUGUUGUCCAGUGAGGGCUACAGCUCAUCAGGAAUACAUAACUCUGCCCUGAAUCCCAGGAAAGUCUACAACAAAGACACCAAAAAACAACAAGUCAUUGUAGCAAAGGGUUCUUCCCUUUAAAUCGCAGCACAGCAGGCAUUUAUUUUGUGUUUUCAUUGUCUUCCUUACACCUAAUCUGUAUUAGCAUUUUCUGCUUCUCUCAGGUAAAACAAAUGAAUAAUUUUACACCAUCCCAACUUUUUAAAAAGUACUUGAAUUUUUAAACAAGUGUACUAGUAUAUAUAGUAUAUAGUACUAGUAUUUUUUUUUAACAAUUCCAAUAUAAUAAAUGUCAUCUGAAUAAUAAAUUAUGUGGAAUUAUCUGGAUUAAAUGGGUCACCUGGACGUCCAGACGUGUUCAGACCUUUUGGGAUUUCUUUACCUGGAUGGAGCAUGCAUCAAGACAUUAACUUGUAAUAAUUUUUCAAUUAAAAAAGCAAGCUUGAACCAGAUAUUUGACAUAAACAUAAAAACUCAAAGCCAAGUCAGCAGUUAAGCAAGGUUCCUGGUAGAAGUAAAGAGGCAAGGGAGACCUAGUGUUAUCUCAGGUAUCUUUCAGGGACACAAAUGAAGAUUUAGGUUGGGGAAAAUUGUCAGCCAUCCAACUUUUAAUAGAGUCUAAGCAUCUAUUUGGAUGCCUUUAGAAAAAUCUUGGAGCUUAAAAGAGAUAUUUAAUUAGAUGUCAUGUUCAGCACAAUUUGAGCACCUUUAAGGGCAUGCCUUAUCUCUGCUAAGAAGAGGGGAAGAUAUAACAGAAACAAUAAAGGCUCCAAAAUAGAAAGGCCAACUAACUAGGUAGCACCAGAAACGCUUGCUUGCUAACCAGGCCUCGCUUCCACAACAGGCUGAGCUUCACAUGGACGCCUACUCUAUUCUGUUCUACUCUACAGUGGGAGUGGGACGAACUGCAGCCGUCUGCAUCAAAGCCAAAUACUAGGGCUAUCAUUGUGGAAGUUUACUAGCUGCCACUUUGCUCUCUCUUGAUGUUUUUUUCCUCCAAAUCGCACAAUUAGCUACAGGCAGCACUAAGUGUUUGGUUAGCUUAGACAACUAUGCUCAGCUUAAACUAGUUUGGCAACGGAUUAUGGACACACAACCAGGCGAGUUACUGGUUGCAUGAAGCAGCAGGGGAACUGUAGCUAAACUGAGCAGCACCCAGAGCUUGGAGAACCAAUCUGAGCAAAGAAUGAAUGACAUCUGUGGGAGCGCAGCAAAAUCAAAUGGGUUUUAGGCCUGAAGAGUAGAGGUGGUGAAAGCUGCACACUGAAACAGAGCAGUGUGGCCAGUGAAUGAGAAAGAGGCUGCAGGCGACUGUGGACAACUUUAACUUUUUUUGCUUUUACAAUAAUUUUUAAAAUGUUUAUUUUGAUGUGGCCAGUUUUAAAAUGCAGGCAGUGACUUUUGAUAAAGUACAUUUGUAACUUUUCCACAAAGCUCUUCUUUUACAAUAAAUAAAUUGUUCAGAUGAUAGGUAUUAUACUGGCUUUUUGUACCCUGUGUGUUAAUAGGUUCUAAAAUAUAUUUCACCUUCACUCUCUGUAAUGCAAUAUUUUUUUUUUGUAAAACUUUAUAAAAGCUAUAAAUUAAAUCUUAAAUCUGACUUCUAAUUUGGGAAAAAUACCUUUUUCAAGAUCUUCCCAGUGGUAUUGAACAUUUUCCUUGGUAGUGGGUGAAUGAUGGUGUUCAUUACAGCUCAUUCAGACACAGUAUAGGAGAGAAACUGUGUAUAAAUUAGUCUUUCUACAUCAUAGAUACAAAUAAUUUCAAAGUUCACCAGU